GCGAAGAUUUCAUGUUAGAAGAUUAGGGACAAAGGAAGAAACUCUCGGUGCGCACUCGCAAUGAUAGUUAUCGUAGAGCAUUGGAAUGGGAGCAAAAAUCUUUAGUGGGCCUUAUGAAGAGGAAUGAGAUGACUUUCCUUGUACGCUCUCCCCCACAAGCUCUCGCGGUGCUGGCGCCGCGGUCGCCGCGGACGGCGGCUGACGGGGGUCAAUUCCAGUCAUGCAGGUGGUACGGACGACGAGGUCUUGGUUCUUGCGGUGGUGGGCUUGGUCCCCGGCGCCCAGGGUCGUGGCGGGGGCGCCAGCCUCCACCAUCCACGCCGGCGCCCGGCAGCUGCAAAGCCAAGCGGCCAAGCAGGAGGCUGGGGAGAAGGCGGAGGCUUCGACUCCGAGCCGCAGCGGCUUCAGCAUUUACCCUCCAGUUCCAGGACAGGAGAGCCCUCUGAGGUGGGCAGGAAAGAAAUUUGAAGAGAUCCCAAUCGCACAUAUUAAAGCAUCCUACAACAACACGCAGAUCCAGGUGGUCUCUGCCGCUAACCAGCCCCUUGCCCGCUCUUCCUGUGGCACGGAGGGAUUUCGGAACGCCAAGAAGGGCACGGGCAUUGCUGCACAAACAGCAGGCAUAGCCGCUGCUGUGAAAGCUACGGGGAAGGGCGUGACCCACAUCCGAGUGGUGGUGAAGGGCCUGGGGCCAGGGCGCUUGUCUGCCAUCAAGGGACUGACCAUGGGGGGCCUGGAGGUGAUCUCCAUCACAGACAACACUCCUAUCCCGCACAAUGGCUGCCGCCCCAGGAAGGCUCGGAGGCUGUGAUGGAAAGGAAGCCUGCCCCUGAACCUGUCCUCAAGUCCUACCUCCAGCUGGACCUCGUAGAAGGCACCCUGUCAGAGCUGUCUCCAGUGGAGGGCUUGCUGGAGACCUCUCAGGGAGUAAGGGGGAGCCUUGCCCCCUAGCGUGGCGGCCUUGCUUGUUCCUCCGACUGGAGACCAGUGUCCAGAAGGGACUCGAGAGGAGCUCCAGGACAGCUGCCACUUAGACUCCAUAGCCAAUAAAUGCUGCCUCUGCUCUGCAAAAAUAAAAAUAUCUCUGCCACCUGAA